AUGUCGGAAAACCAAACAACCAACCACCCCGCCGCAACCCAAGGUGGAAACCAAGGGCCCGGUCACGUCCCUACGGAUGCCCCUGCAGAUACAAUCUACAGCUUCAACUCGCUGAAAGAACAGAAGGAGGCUGCCGAGGAUAAAUACAUGACUAGGGCUGCUGCGUCUGCGGGCGAGGAGCCGCCGGCGCAGAAGGAGGAUACGAGUUUUAUGAACCACAAACCUGGAGGGGGUGAGACAUUGCCUGGGUGGGAUAAGAUGAAGGAGAUGGUUACUGGAAAGUCCGAGUAG